UUGCUAUUUUGGGCUGAGGUCUACCUCGAGGACAAAUGUUCAACGGGAGCAGAGCCAAGGGGUGGCGGGAUCGGGGAUAGGCGACUGGCGAGCUCAGGUUCAGCGGAGAGAGAGAACGGGCAGAAAAGCGGCUGAGAACAAGCAUCGACCUAACUAAAGAUGUCCAACUCAGAGAAAGUCAUUCUAGUCAAGCCCUCACUGAGCGAGUUCCAGGUGGUGGAGCUGGUAGGACAGUUGUAUGGUCUGAAAGUCUCAGAGGUCCAACCGAUGCCCAGCUAUGUUGACCAGAACUUUCACAUCCAGGCAAGCGGGGAUCACAGAAGGAGCUACGUCCUCAAAGUCCUGAACGCAACCGACAGCCAGGAUGUAGAUUUGGUGGAAGUACAAACACGAGUCAUGAUGUUCUUGAAGCAGAAAGGUUUUCCAACUCCCACACCCAUCCCAACCACUGAUGGCAGGAUUAUGUCGCUGGAGACAAUUAAUUCUGGUCAAGAAUAUAAGACCCAUAUGGUCCGCUUGCUGACCUAUUUACCGGGAAUUCCGCUGCAGCAGAUCCCUGCAGACCCACCGAUCUUGUACAAGGUUGGGCAAACUCUCGCUCAGAUUAAUAAGGUUCUCAAAGAAUUCCAGCAUCCCAAACUGAAGAGUCUACAGAGAGAUUCCUUCGACUGGAAACUUACAAACGUUCACCAGCUGAACAAGUACCUAUACACACUGAAGGACAGUGAGCGCAAAGUUGUGGAGCAAAUUAUUCAGCAAAUUCUAGAGAAGGUGCUUCCAAAUAUCAAGAGCUUUAAUGAAAGCAUCAAUCAUGGAGACUUCAGUCACACCAACGUUCUCGUGCAGCCUCGUCAUUCAUCAGCCGAUCACUCCAACCCAGGUCACCUGCAACAGGAGUUGGACAUCUUUGGCAUUCUUGACUUUGGUAACAUGAAUUGUAGUUACUGUGUGUGUGACCUGGCCAUAUGCAUAAUGUACAUGAUGCUGGACAACAACGAUCCCAUGCAUGUGGGGGGCCACAUUCUCGCGGGCUUUGAAAGUGAGAUACCUUUAUCUCCCCAGGAGAGGGAUGCCUUGUAUUUGCUGGUUCUUGGCAGGUUUGCUCAGUCGCUGGUUAUAGGGAGAUACCUGGUCCAGUUUUACCCGGACAAUGAGGAAUACAUUUUGACCACAUCAAGAACUGGUUGGAUGCUUUUGCAUCAUCUCUGGGAACUGGGUGAAGAAGCAGGGCAGAAAGUUUGGUUUGAGACGGCUGAUUCCUACCUCAGUCCAUGACCUCCCCAGUGGUUCUGAGGUGACCCAGGCACAAACUUCUCAUAAAAUAUCCACGCAUUUAAGGGAGAAAUCACUAAAUCGCAAUCAUUAAACACAUUCACCACCUGAAUCAUCCAUUAAUAAUGUUUAAAUACAUCAUUAAACCAAUAUGCUCACUUCUCUCAUGCUUUACUAACUGCUCCUAAACUCACAGCCCACAUGUGAACCUCACUACAGUCACCAAGCCCAGUAACUACCUUGCCCAGACAUGAAAUGGUGUAUCAACCCAGUGAGGCAUGAGACGGUUAAUAGUCUCACUAUCCUCAGUCCAGUUGUCCUGGAGAUAGUGUAGAGAAGCUCAUGGGUUAAUCUUCAAGCCACAUGCCAUUGCUGAUGACGGUAUAGGUGAUGUUUUGGUGUGGGUUUGCGUGUGUUAAAAUUCCACACUGCACACUAAUUUCUUGUAGUCUAGGGCCAAGUUACUUCCACUGUCAGUAGCUGAAUUGUCACCUGAGGAUCUGGUGUGAAAUGCUUACUGUCAGCACAGGGUGCUCAAUCUGUGCCAUAUGCCGGGGAGAAUCAGCUCCUUGAUAGUCUAUUUCCCCUCAGUUUUUCCUUCUUCAGGUAAUUUCAGGUUUCGUUCAUCUCCUGCUUCCGCUCCACCUGGCACCUCUUGUGACUCAGCAGCCCUUGCCAAUCUCUUCCACCAAGCUCCAUCCCCAUUUCCUCAGUCACCUCUGCCCCCUAUCAUCCAGCCCACUUGGAAAAUUCAAACUUCAUCUGAACUUUUCCCGGCAUCAACAUGAAUUGUUAACUUGGUUUACAUCUCCACUGUGGUAUCUCCAACUUUGUAAAAAAAAAUAUUUUUCUUUCUGUAGCGUUCAAUUAUAGCAAUAUAAUGAUGAGAUGAUUGUGAAUGUGGCACUGGUCUGGAUAUAGAAACAUAGAAAAUAGGUGCAGGAGUAGGCCAUUUGGCCCUUCGAGCCUGCACCGCCAUUUAUUAUGAUCAUGGCUGAUCAUCCAACUCGGAACCCCGCCCCAGCCUUCCCUCCAUACCCCCUGACCCCUGUAGCCACAAGGGCCAUAUCUAACUCCCUCUUAAACAUAGCCAAUGAACUGGCCUCAACAGUUUCCUGUGGCAGAGAAUUCCACAGAUUCACCACUCUCUGUGUGAAGAAGUUUUUCCUAAUCUCGGUCCUAAAAGGCUUCCCCUCUACCCUCAAACUGUGACCCCUCGUUCUGGACUUCCCCAACAUCGGGAACAAUCUUCCUGCAUCUAGCCUGUCCAAUCCCUUUAGGAUCUUAUACGUUUCAAUCAGAUCCCCCCUCAGUCUUCUAAAUUCCAACAAGUACAAGCCCAGUUCAUCCAGUCUUUCUUCAUAUGAAAGUCCUGCCAUCCCAGGAAUCAAUCUGGUGAACCUUCUUUGUACUCCCUCUAUGGCAAAGAUGUCUUUCCUCAGAUUAGGGGACCAAAACUGCACACAAUACUCCAGGUGUGGUCUCACCCAGGCCUUGUACAACUGCAGUAGUACCUCCCUGCUCCUGUACUCGAAUCCUCUCGCUAUAAAUGCCAGCAUACCAUUCGCCUUUUUCACCGCCUGCUGUACCUGCAUGCCCACUUUCAAUGACUGGUGUAUAAUGACACCCAGGUCUCGUUGCACCUCCCCUUUUCCUAUGGUAAGAGUGCAGACAUAACACUGGGGCAGAUAAUAUGAGGAUUUGGUGGAUAUGGUGAUGGGGCAGAUUGAGCAUAUCUACUGUCUAGUGAUGUGGUGGAAAUGGCACUGGGGUGGACACGUGCGAUUAUGGACAGAGAGUGCUAUGGCACCCCUGCUGGCACCACAGAAGACCUUGAAAGAUUUGGAAUUUUAAAUCUACUAAAACAUGAGUUGUGUAUACAUUCUAUGCUGUAAUAUCUGUACACAUGACAAUUAAUACAUUUGAUCAACAAUAUUCAGUUAUUCGACAUCGUCUUUUCUUUCAUUUGAGAUUACUACAUGGUAGCUGCUGCAGGGAAGAAUUCCAAGAAAAUGCUAAUUAUUCAAAGUUGCCCUGCCCACGUUCUAUCAGAAGAGGCACCAAAAUGGAGUGAUUGUAUUACUAGAGAAAGAUUAUAAUGGAGGCAAAAUGAGAAGGGCAGCAAAAUGAGAAAGGGAAGAAUUUGUGGGGAUAUGUGGAACAAUGGAGGGUGUGUGGUAGGUGAAUUGCUGUUCCAUAGAGCUGGUGGAGACAUGCUGGUCCGAAUGCCCUGUUCUCGUGCAGUAACCACUCAGUGAUUCUGUAAUCAAAGAGGAGAUGACAAUCAGAGAAUCUAUUCUCUUCACAAUCAGAUCUUUCAUACCAUUGGAUGUAGUUUAUCAAAUCACUAGAACCGAUAGAAUUUAAAUUAGAUUAGAUUAUGAGGACACUCAGUCCUCGUUUAUUGUCAUUUAGAAACACGUGCAUUAAAAAAUGAUACAACGUUCCUCCAGAAUGAUAUCACAAGAAAACACAGGACAAGCCAAGACUAAAACUGACAAAACCACAUAAUUAUAACAUAUAGUUACAACAGUGCAAAGCAAUACUGUAAUUUGAUAAAGAGCAGACCAUGGGCAUGGUAAAAAGAAGUCUCAAAGUCCCGAUAGACUCAUCAUCUCACACAGACGGUAGAAGGGAGGAACUCUCCCUGCCAUGAACCUCCAAGUGCCGCCAACUCGCCGAUGCAGCACCAUUGGAAGCACCCGACCACAGCGGACUCUGACUCCGUCCGAAAACUUCGAGCCUCCGACCAGCCCCUCUGACACAGCCUCUCCGAGCACCAUCCUCUGCCGAGCGCUUCGACCCCGCCCCGGCCGCUGAGCAACAAGCAAAGCCAAGGACUCGGGGCCUUCUGCUCCGGAGAUUCUGGACCACACAGUAGCAGCAGCAGCGAAGCAGGCAUUUCAGAAGUUUCACCAGAUGUUCCUCCGUGCUCUCACAUCCGUCUCCAUCAAAUCAGGAUUGUGCACGGCACCCUACUUGACAAAUAACAGACAUCACCACCGGAGAGGCUGCUGCAAGCUGCGUUGCGCUGCCAUCUUCCCUUCUUUAAAUCCGAUUUUCCAAACAAUGAGACAUUAUGUUUUUAACACUCAACAUGGUGUAUCAUUUUAAUUCAGAAUUUUUUAAAGAUUUGCACCUUAAUAUUUCAAUGAAUCAAGUUUCAAGGGAAAAUCUAAGACCAGAGGACACAGCCUUAGAAUAGAGGGGCAUCCUUUUAGAAAUUAGAUGUGGAGGAAUUUCUUUAACCAGAGAGUUGUGAACUAGAUGGUCCUCUGUCUCCUGAGGGUUCUUUACGUUAAGCUCCCUAAUCAGAUCUAGGUGAUUACAUAAUCCCCAAUCCAGAAUUACCAUUCCGUUAGAGGACUUAACCACAAGCUGCUCUAAAAGCCAUCUCAUAGGCAUUCCCUUGGGUUCCAGCACCAACUGGAUUUUCCCAAUCUACCUGUAUAUUGAAAUACCUCAUGAUUAUUGUCACGUUGCUCUUUUAAACGCCUUUUCUAUCUCCCAUUGUGAUUUAUAGCCCACAUCCUGACCACUGUUCGGAGGCCUGGAUAUAACUCUCAUUAAUGUCUUUUCACCCUUUGCAGUUUCUUAACUCCACCUACAAGGAUUCUACAGCUUCCAAUCCUAUGUCACCUCUUUCUAAGGACUUGAUUUAAUUUUUUAAUCAACAGAAUCAACCCACCCCUUUGCCAACACGUCUGUUCUUUCAAUACAAUGUGCAUCCUUGGAUGUUAAGCUCUGAACUAUGAUCUUCUUUCAGCUCUGACUCAGUGAUGCUCACAACAUCGUACCUGCCAAUCUCUGACUGCGCAACAAGAUCAUCUACCUUAUUCCAUAUACUGUGUGUAUUCACAUAUAACACCUUUAGUCGAUUAGGUUGUAAAUUAAUUUUAAGUGCUUUAGAAGUUGUUGAGAAAACCGACUUCCAGAACUGUUCCAAUAUAGAACAAGACCAAGACAUAUGUGUCAGUGUAGCUAUCUCAGUUUUACAUCUAUCACAAUGACUAUCAACAUUAGGAAAGAUUUUAGAAAGUCUCUCCUUUGUCAAAUGAUAACGAUGUACAAUUUUAAAUUGAAUCAGUGAACGGCUAGCACAAAUUGAAGAAGAGUUAACCAACUUCAAUAUCCGCAUCCAAUCCUCCGUCAUAAAAGUCAAAUUAAGUUCCUUUUCCCAAUCCUGUUUAAUCUUAGAUAAAGGAUGCUUAUCCCAUUGUAAUAAUAAAUUAUAAAUUCUUCCAAUAGAACCCUUAAUCAAAGGAUUCAUACUCAUAAUAGUAUCUAAAAUUAGUUUACAACCUAAUAAAUUAACUGUGCUUUUUGGAAUAGUUCCUCAAAAUAUUCAUGGUAUUUCUGUGUCUGACCAGCAUGUUAUUGCAUUUGUUACAUUGAUAGCUAGGAGGGCCAUUUUGUUGAAGUGGAAGGAUACAUCAGCUCCCACUUUGUCACAAUGGUUCUUUCAAGUGAUGCUAUGUCUUAGUUUGGAGAAAAUUAGAAGUCGAACCUUUGAACCUUUAUUUGAUUUUGAGAAAAGAUGGGGCUCAUUUGCUCUUUAUUAUCAUUUGAGUUAAUUGAUAUAAAUUUUCCACGAUCUAAUUGUAAAUUUUUUUAGUAUAUUUUCUUUUCUUGCUGGCGGUUUGAUGUUAUUUUUAGAAGCUUUUUUUAUGACGCAUGGCUCUGGGGUGGUACACCUAAUGGGUUAUCUUUUUUUUCUCACUUUUCUGCUCAGUAGGUUUUUUUUGUUAUCACAAAAUUUUGUUUUCAAUCUUUAAGAUGAUGGGGUUUUUUUGAGGCAUUGUAAGUGUUGUUACUUCGAUGUACUCGUUAUUUUUCCUACAUAUAUAUAUAUAUAUAUAUACAAUAAAAAGAUUUGAAAAGAAUAAUACCUUCAGUCCUGUAUUCAUCACCCUUUUUGAUGUUGGCUCCCUGUUACACUUUAACUCUUCCCAUUGACUGCAAUUUUUCCCUAUCAUCUGUCUGUCCUUCCUCUCAAUUUCACUGCAUCUGCCUAUACAUCAACUGCUCCAUUCUCAGCCCUAUCACUCCAGCUUCAUCCCCCUAGCAAAUUAGUUUAAAAUGCCCCAACAGCUCCCGCAAACUGGCCCUCCGGUUCAGGUGUAACCCAUGCUUUUUGUAGAGGUCAUACCUUCCCCAGAAGAGAUCUCAAUGAUCCAGAAAUCCGAAACUCUGUCCCCUGCAUCAAUUCCUCAGCCACGCAUUCAUCUGCCAAAUUAUCCUAUUCUUAUCCUCACUGGCAAGUGGCACAGGCAGCAAUCCAUAGAUUACUACAUGUUAUGUCCUGCUGUUCAGCUGUCUACCUAACUCCCCUAUAUUCUCUCCUCAGGUCCUCCUAUCCAUGUCAUUAGCACCAAUAUGUACCAUAUUUCCAGCUCUUCGUCCUCCCAUUUUAGAAUGCCAUGAACCCGAUCCAAGACAUUCCUGACCCUGGCACCCGGGAGGCAACAUACCAUCUAGGUUUCUCUUUCAUGUCCACAGAAUCUGCUUUCCGCUCAUAUAACUAUGGGAUUCCCUAACACUACUGCCUUCCUCUUCUCCUCACUUCCCUUCUGAGCCACAGAUCCAGACCCAAUGCCAGAGACCUGCUCCCCAUGGCUUCCCUCAGUAGGUCAUCUCCUGAACAGUACCCAAAGCGGUAUACUUAUUAUUGACGGGAAUUGCCGCAGGGGUACUCUGCACUGGCUGCCUAUUCCCUUUCCCUGUCCUGACAGUAACCUAGGUAUUGCCUCCUGCAACUUAGUGCUAACUACCUCCCUGUAGCUCCUAUCUUUCACCUCCUCAUAUUCCUGGUCAAAGUCAUCCAGCUGCAACUCCAGUUCCUUAACACAGUCUCUAAGGAGUUGCAUUUGGUGCAUGUCAUGUAGAUGUAGUUAUCAGGGGUCUUCCAGAGUUCCCACACAAAGAACAGACUACUAUCUCUAAACCCGUUCUCAGCACACUAGCUAUGUAUUAACAGAAAAAAAAACUUACAAGAAACUUACUUACUUAGAACUUCUGCCUGUGCUCGCCCAAGCUGUUGAGCCAAAGCCUGACCACUCUAACACUGGCCCACUCCAACGAUAGCCACUCCCUUCUUUUUAUUUGCCGCAUGCUUAUUGAAGCCCACAGAAAAGAGCUGAAGGCAUCAGAGUGCUUCAUACCAGAACUCUGCAAUCUCCUACUAUUUCAGUGAUAUUCUUUAGUUUUUCUUCUCAAGGUGGAUGAUUGGACAUUUAGACUGGAUUGUCACUCAUUCACAGUCAGUCCUUGUUCCUUUGAACACCUCUUUGUCAUCGUGAUAUUUAGGAACCAUACCGUCUGUGCCUUCAUCCCAGUCAUUUCAAUAAAUGAUAAAUCGAGGACCCAGCAGCCAUCCCUGUGGUUCACCGCCUGCCGUAUCUUGCCCGCCAAACAGGGACCUAUUCAUGCCUCCUGUUCACCAGUUGCAGAGGGGUACCUCCCACAGCACCAGCUCUCACUUCCCACAAGAACUUUUCAGUGCAGCAACUUACCCAUUCACAGUGGGCUUCCUUUUCACCAACUGUUUAAGGUGUUCAGCCAAGAUCAAUACGAAGGACCCAUUUCGAGAAGCACUCUGGGCAUGAACGUAAUUUCAUGAAGAUGGCAAAUCCUCCCAGUACAUUUUCAUCCGAAUUACCUCUGCCCAAACCCUACCUCUCAUCUACGCACCGUCAGUUUAAUCCACCAACCCAUUCAUCUUUGGAAUGUGUGAGGAAAUGGACGUGGUCACUGGAGGAAGGUGCAAGCUGUGUGCCGGAGGUUGGGAUAGAACCCUUGAUCCUGGAGCUGUGCUGAGCCACUGCACUGUUUUUGUUCAUGAGACUUACUAUUGGCAGUGGCCCAGAGGUGGUGGUAACAUCUGUAGCCAGUGUUCCUGGGUAAGGGGCUUGCCACUGCUGUGGAAGUCACAUGGGUCCCUAUGGGAUCUUACUGUGUGUAAAUUCACUGUCAAAUGUUUUUACACGAGAGUGACUACUGUGGAAAAGUUGUGGGGGGUGGGUGGUUGGGAUGUGCUGACCUUCGGAAAAUAUAUAAAUAAAAGUUCCUUGUCACCCAGUUCCCCUUACAGACCAUCUCCUCAGCUCUGUCUCAGCCUGUCUAAUCCUUGCCCAACAUUUCAGGCCAAUACCCUGAUGAAGCAAGAAGCCCUAUGUCUGUCCUCACCGAGUACUUUAGGAAGAGUACCUUUUACCUAAAGGCAGCAGGGUUGGUGCGAGCCCCACUUCAUUAGCAGCUGACUGGUGGUGAGGGGAAAUCCCGUGAGUAAGGUCAGUGUUACAUCCCCUUGAUAUUACUCAAUGGUGACUUCUGAGGAGGGUGAACUUAGGGAGCAACCAAAACACAAGAGCUGCCCAUUUAUUGGUUAGCCUCUUUCAUUUCCUCCAGCCUCUAGAAGUUAUAUCUUAAUAUCCAGGCAGAGACCGUAUGGAUCCAAGGGAACAACUUGAAGCCUCGUCGACUGCUGAGCACAACCCAGUUGGCCAGCUGAAGCCUGAGGAACACGAGGAGAAGUCUGCAGCCAUGCCAGAUCUCUUCACUUGCUGGAACAACUGCCAAAGGGAAUGGGGGGCCAUGCCCUGCAAUGGGCUGUGAUGAAGGAAUAAAUGGGAACCUGGAACCUGGGGCAGAUACACAUUAAAGUGUCUGCCACGCUGCCCUGGCAGCUGAGAUGGGGAGUAGAGGAGCUGUUCUCUAACCUCCCUGUGGGCCUUCUACUGAGAUAGGAGCAAAGUCAGCCUAAAUGAAACGUGGUGGGCACUUCGGGGUCAGCAGGCAGUGCCAGCUGUCGGAGGUUUCUGCAGGCAGAGCCCAGCCAAGGUCGACAUGCCUCGCUGGAGAGUGGGCCUAUGCCAGGGGUUACAGUGGUAGUGGUGUGAUCUGGCUUACACCAGCUCAUCCAGUCCCAAGAGAGCAACCAGGAAGAGUGAUGGUAUAGGGUCCCAGGAUGGGACAUCCUGAGAUGUGGAUGCUUGGAGUGGAGGCAGCAGCACCUCCAUCAGUGCCCAAAACUGCUGGAUAGUGGGCAAUCAAGAUGAGCAAACAAUAGACCAGCUAUGACAAGUCACAUUGCCUUCUCCUGCUCCAAGCACUAUCAAACACUAACACCUUUUGGUCCAGCUCGUUCAUAUUGCUGCAGCAUUCUCCAUGAAUUAUGAAUGAUCAAUCUGUCAGAAUAAUCUAGGAGCAUCCCAACCAGAGCUGUAUGAUAUCUCAGUAUUAUAAUUCUGUCAUGUAAGCUCAAUCCUAUUCCUUUCCUAACUAUGCUCUUGAUACAUCUCUGCAUGCAAACCCCUAGGUCCCUUUGUUCUGCAUACUCAUUAGGACAGCACCAUUGUCUGUCACUAUCCCCACUACCACAUUUUAACACACAAGUAUCUGUAUUAAACUCCAUCUGCCACUGUUGGCCACUCUGUCAGCUUACCUGUGUCCGAUUGCAAUCAACUAUCAUCAUCCUCAAAGACUGCCGCAUCUCCAAGUUUGGCAUCAUUGACAAAUAUUGAGGUUUUAUCGUGUAUUCCAGGUCCAAGUUAUUUAAUUGUCCUAACAAUGAGCUUUGUGGAAAAUCAGCACAUUUCUCCAUUCACUGCAACUGGCAGCUUUCGGUUUUCCACCUAGUUUUCUUUUUUAUCUAAACUAACACCGACUCUCCUGUUCCUUGAAUCCUAGGGGGACCAAUAUCCUGGCGGGGAGAUUUGCGAGGGCUACUGAGGUGACUUUAAAUUAGAAUGGUUGGGGGGUGGGAAUCAAAUUAAAGAGACUAGGAAAGAGGAGGUUAGUUCACAACAGGGGGAUGGGAAAAAGUGCAGAGAGACAGAGGGGUGUAAAGUGAGGGUAGAAGCAAAAAGUAGUAAGGUGAAAAGUAAAAGUGGCAGGCCGGCAAAUCCAGGGCAAAAAUCAAAAAGGGCCACUUUUCAACAUAAUUGUAUAAGGGCCAAGAGUGUUGUAAAAGCAAGCCUGAAGGAUUUGUGUGUCAAUGCAAGGAGCAUUCGUAACAAGGUGGAUGAAUUAAAAGUGCAGAUUGUUAUUAAUGAAUAUGAUAUAGUUGGGAUCACGGAGACAUGGCUCCAGGGUGACCAAGGAUGGGAGCUCAACAUUCAGGGAUAUUCAAUAUUCAGGAGGGAUAGAUAUGAAUGAAAAGGAGGUGGGGUAGCAUUGCUGGUUAGAGAGGAGAUUAAUGCAAUAGAAAGGAAGGACAUUAGCCGGGAGGAUGUGGAAUUGAUAUGGGUAGAGCUGCAUAACACUAAGGGGCAGAAAACGCUGGUGGGAGUUGUGUACAGGCCACCUAACAAUAGUAGUGAGGUUGGGGAUGGCAUUAAACAGGAAAUUAGAAAUGCGUGCAAUAAAGGAACAGCAGUUAUAAUGGGUGACUUCAAUCUACAUAUAGAUUGGGUGAACCAAAUUGGUAAGGGUGCUGAGGAAAAGGAUUUCUUGGAAUGUAUACGGGAUGGUUUUUUGAACCAACAUGUCGAGGAACCAACUAGAGAGCAGGCCAUUCUAGACUGGGUAUUGAGCAAUGAGGAAGGGUUAAUUAGCAAUCUUGUCGUGAGAGGCCCCUUGGGUAAGAGUGGCCAUAAUAUGGUGGAAUUCUUCACUAAGAUGGAGAGUGACAUAGUUAAUUCAGAAACAAAGGUUCUGAACUUAAAGAAGGGUAACUUUGAAGGUAUGAAAUGUGAAUUAGCUAAGAUAGACUGGCAAAUGAUACUUAAACAGUUGACGGUGGAUACGCAAUGGCAAGCAUUUAAAGAUCGCAUGGAUGAACUACAACAAUUGUUCAUCCCAGUUUGGCAAAAGAAUAAAUCAGGGAAGGUAGUGCACCCAUGGCUGACAAGGGAAAUUAGGGAUAGUAUCAAUUCCAAAGAAGAAACAUACAAAUUAGCCAGAAAAAGCGGCUCACCUGAGGACUGGGAGAAAUUCAGAGUCCAGCAGAGGAGGACAAAGGGCUUAAUUUAGGGAAGGGAAAAAAGAUUAUGAGAGAGAACUGGCAGGGAACAUAAAAACUGACUGUAAAAGCUUUUAUAGAUAUGUGAAAAGAAAAAGAUUGGUUAAGACAAAUGUAGGUCCCCUACAGACAGAAACAGGUGCAUUGAUUAUGGGGAACAAGGACAUGGCAAACCAAUUGAAUAACUACUUUGGUUCUGCCUUCACUAAGGAGGACAUAAAUAAUCUUCCGGAAAUAGUAGGGGACAGAGGGUCCAGUGAGAUGGAGGAACUGAGGGAAAUACAUGUUAGUAGGAAAGUGGUGUUAGGUAAAUUGAAGGGAUUAAAGGCAGAUAAAUCCCCAGGGCCAGACGGUCUGCAUCCCAGAGUGCUUAAGGAAGUAGCCCAAGAAAUAGUGGAUGCAUUAGUGAUAAUUUUUCAAAACUCUUUAGAUUCUGGACUAGUUCCUGGAUUGGAGGGUGGCUAAUGUAACCUCGCUUUUUAAAAAAAGGAGGGAGAGAAACCGGGGAAUUAUAGACCAGUUAGCCUAAUAUCGGUGGUGGGGAAAAUGCUAGAGUCAGUUAUCAAAGAUGUGAUAAUAGCACAUUUGGAAAGCGGUGAAAUCAUCGGACAAAGUCAGCAUGGAUUUGUGAAAGGAAAAUCAUGUCUGACUAAUCUCACAGAAUUUUUUGAGGAUGUAACUAGUAGAGUGGAUAGGGGAGAACCAGUGGAUGUGGUAUAUUUGGAUUUUCAAAAGGCUUUUGACAAGGUCCCACACAGGAGAUUAGUGUGCAAACUUAAAGCACACGGUAUUGGGGGGUAAGGUAUUGAUGUGGAUAGAGAAUUGGUUGGCAGACGGGAAGCAAAAUGUGGGAAUAAACGGGACCUUUUCAGAAUGGCAGGCAGUGACUAGUGGGGUACCGCAAGGCUCAGUGCUGGGACCUCAGUUGUUUACAAUAUAUAUUAGUGACUUGGAUGAGGGAAUUAAAUGCAGCAUCUCCAAGUUUGCAGAUGACACGAAGCUGGGCGGCAGUGUUAGCUGUGAGGAGGAUGCUAAGAGGAUGCAGGGUGACUUGGAUAGGUUGGGUGAGUGGGCAAAUUCAUGGCAGAUGCAAUUUAAUGUGGAUAAAUGUGAGGUUAUCCACUUUGGUGGCAAAAACAGGAAAACAGAUUAUUAUCUGA